AUGAGCAAGGGUUUCUACACGAUCAAAUUCUCUACCGCUGAGGACAAAAGCAUUGCUAAACGUUCUAACGUUUGGAAUUUGAGAUCAGGGACCUUGAGGCUUCGCGAAUGGGUAAGAAACUUCGAUCCUUAUAAGGAGAUUUCGUCUCUUUGUCAAGUUUGGAUGCGUAUAUACUAUCUACCUGUGGAAUAUUGGACAAAAGAGAUUAUAUCAAGCAUUGCUCGAUCGGCGGGGGUGCCUAUCAAGGUGGAUGGGGCUACUGCUCAUGGUGAGGUAGGGCACUAUGCGAGAGUGUUGGUGGAAGUUGAUCUGGCUCCCCCUUUACCGGAAUCGGCUUCCGUGGAUUGUCAUGAUCGCUCUAUUUACGUGGAGUUUGGAUUCGAGCAAUUGCCUGCUUUUUGCACUAAGUGUAAAAUUACUAGACAUAAUUUGGAUAAGUGCAAAAAGCGUUAUGACAAGGAAGCUAAUAAUGACACUGUAGGCGGCAACAAAAGAACGGAGACGGUCGGUGCUGAGGUGAUUCUUAAUACGACGGAGGAGGAUGCUGGUCGUGCUCAGAAAAACACAACCUUGGAGGUUAGCAAACAAAAGCCGGCCUGGAAGCCGAGGGAGAACAUUCUUCAGGAAACUACUGUUGUCAACAGAUUCGAUGCGUUAGCUCAACUCCAUAUUGAAGACGUUUUGAGUGAUGAUAGGCGGGAAGACUUCAUAAGGGAGAAGGGCGAUGGUCUAAAUACAAGAAUUGAUGAUAUGGUGGAGGAGGAUGCUUCGGAGGAGGAGAACCACCAGGCUAAGUUAACGGAGAACAUCCUUAGUGAAGAAGUUGGUGACAAAGCUGCUGAUUUACAGAUCAUAGAAAGUGAUUCUCAGAUUAACCGUAGUGACUUAACGGUUAGCAAGGGGACUGAGCAGGUGCCGCCGGUGAAGAAAAGAGGCAGGCCCCCGGGACAGCCGGAUAAAGAGAUAAAGAAGCAGCCGCCGGGAAUGGACAGUAUUAAGUGCAGAUUGCGAAAAGCUCAGGAGACUAAUAUCGAGCCCAAUCCAGAUGCGGUGGAAAGCAUUAAAGAGCAGCUGUACAAGGCUUGGGAAGCAGGGGAAAAUCCGAGAGAUUUUGUUAUCGCCAAUGAUGGGUCCUCAAGUGCUAAAAUGAUGGCGAAAAUUGGAGCUAGAAGUUGGGCGGUGGAAGUGGAAAAGGCGGAUGCCUUAGCCACGAAAAAAUGA